UUGACUAAUCAGGAUAGUCCGUGGUUGUUGAUAGUCUUGAAGAGAAGCUUGCGCGUGCGAGAGAAAUAAAAGGAUCAAGCAUUGCCGCGUUUAUACGCGUUAUGAUUAUUACAAAUAAAUACGUAUAAUACAUUAUACUAUAUUUGUAAAUGUGUGAUUUCAACUUUCUUUAGAACGACGAUCAAUUAAUUAACGCAGUGAUCAUUUUUAUAUACAACGGGGUGUAAAUUUAUGUUUGACGCAUUAUAUGGACUACUAGAUUGAGGAAAUCUAAAGAAAUUAAUUCGACAUCAUUUUCAUAAGAAUUUUUCAAUUAUAAAUAACUAUGGCUCCGACGGUAUGCUUACCGGAAUUGUCAGUUGUAAGAAGUACAGAAAAUCUUUAUACACGCCGACGACAAAGGGUCUGUCGUAUUAUCAAAGGAAAACAACAGAGACUGGAAUUAAGGCGAUUAACCAAUGUCGUCGACACUGACGUUGAAGAAUCUGUAACAUCUUCGCCCAUGAAGAAUUCUUCGUAUGAAGAUAAUAAUUCACACGAGUCCAUUGACAUUAAUAUUUCACCGUCGAAUGUUUCAACAAAAAUUUCGGAAAAGUUGAUGGAACAUUGUAAUGUAAUACUUCCCAGACGUGAAGGUUUAUUCAGUAUCGUGGUACGUACUUUGGCUCUCGUACGACGAAAUCGUAUUCUUCAGGAACGAGUUAAUGCCUUACGUGCAGAGACACACGAUUUUAUUCGAUCGGUCUUAAAUAACCCGCAAAAUAAGUGCAGACAACAAGAAGAUACGAUAACAACAACAAGUCGUUGCAAAGAUGCGAUAGUUUCGUCCUCUACCGAAAGAAUUGUCUUGAAGCCAACGUUAUCGCAUGGCCCAGAUUCAAGGAAUUCUUCACCGGAUAUUGUUACGUCCACGUGUCAGAGUCCUUGGGAAAACGAGGAUUAAUUUAAUCUUCAAGACUUCUACGAAUAUAUAUAUAUAUAUAUAUAUAUAUAUAUAUGUAUAUGUAUAUGUAUAUGUAUAUGUAUAUGCAUAUUACAUUAUUUAACGCUUAUCUCUUUAUUGAAGAUAAUGAAAAAAAAGGAGGUUAGGAGUAUUUAUUAAUUAAUUAUGCAUAAAUCGUUCAAUAGAGCAAGAAUGCAAUUAGAAAAAGAAAAAGAAAGUUUUUUUUUUCUCACAUUAAUCAUUUCUUUAAUUAAAAAUCAUAAUCAUUAUUUUGUUUGUUACUAUAUCUUGUGAAAUUACGCUUAACAGCUUAAAAUAUUUUCUUUCGUUGGAAUUCUCUAUUCGAUUUGAAAAUAUCAAUAUAUAUAUAUAUAUAUAUAUACACUUAGUAUUAAUAUUAUGUUAAAGAUUAUUUUGUAGAUAUUUUGCAAGUAGAAAUGAUAUUUAUUUAUUAUAAUAAAAUCAAGAAGCAAUGCUUUAAUAUUUCGUAUAUGUAUUAUUUUGUUCAAUUAUUCAUUGAUAUAAUUUAUAUAGGUUUUGAUAAUAGAGAUACGGUAUUGAAAAGUAAUAUUGAGAGAAAUAUGUGAUAAGACUUUUGUAUUCAUUAUCUGUUCAAUCAAAUUGAAUAUAAAUUUUAUACCGAAUAAUGUAUACACUAUCCCGUAUAAUAUAAUUAUGGCAAUAUCAAUCGAUAUGAUUCACUUUUUCUUGUGCUAUAUUCAAUUUGAAUAUUCUUUAAAAAGAUAUAUAAUAAAUGAAUGUAAGUUUUGAUGGUUUGUAAAAUAAUAUGAUAGUAAGAAUAUAGCUCCUUUAUAUAUAUGACAAUUUUUUAUAUUUUUUAUUGUCAUAUAUAUAACGUCUUCUUAGUGUAGUUGCUAAUUAGUCUCAUUAAUUUAUAGAGCUUUAACUUUGACAUAUUAUGAACUUUAAAACUCUACUUUUAUAUAUAUAUAUAGAUAUAUAUACUGUCUUUUUAUAACACAUUUUACAGAUUUGCAGCAAUAAAAAUAGAAUAUAAUGAAUAAAAAAA